AUGAAAUCCCUUCUCUCGCAUGUUUCCCGGCCACUUAGCCAGACUAGCGCUGUCCAGCCUGCAAAAAUAUCCCAUAAUGCCUCUCGUCUUUCCUCCUACAAAGCGACAGGUGGAAACCGGCCUCUGCCUCUUGCUGGGGUGACGGUGGUUAGCCUUGAACAAGCUAUUGCAGCGCCAUUCUGCACGCGGCAACUUGCCGAUCUGGGAGCUCGAGUCAUCAAGGUUGAACGGCCAGGUGUGGGAGACUUUGCUCGGCAGUAUGAUACACGAGUCGGGGGUCUAUCGUCGCAUUUUGUGUGGACAAAUCGUUCCAAAGAGAGUCUAGCGCUAGACCUCAAAAAUCAAAAGGAUCAUGCUGUCCUGAUGAAACUGCUUGACAAAGCCGACGUUCUCGUUCAGAACCUAGUACCUGGUGCUAGUGCACGACUAGGACUUUCACACGACGCACUUAAACAUAAACAUCCUGGUCUAAUUGUCUGCGAUAUCUCCGGAUAUGGACAAGACGGUCCAUAUCGCGAUAAGAAAGCGUACGAUUUGCUCAUCCAGAGCGAAGCUGGAAUGUUAUCAGUAACGGGAACGGGAAAGGAGCCCGUGAAGGUUGGAAUUUCUAUCGCCGAUAUUUCCGCCGGGAUGUACGCUUACAGCAACAUUUUAUCAGCCCUUUUACAACGAGGGAAAGAUGGCAAGGGAUGUCGAAUCGAUAUCUCUAUGCUGGAAUGUAUGGUUGAAUGGAUGGGUUUCCCAAUGUACUAUUCAUUCGAUAAUGCCCCCGGCCCGGUACCUGCAGGUGCUUCACAUGCAUCCAUCUAUCCGUAUGGACCUUUUGAAACUGGAGACGGACAGUCUGUCAUGCUGGGGAUUCAAAACGAGCGGGAAUGGGUCAACUUCUGCAAUGGGGUUCUUUCACUGCCGGAUCUAGCUACUGAUCCACGAUUUUUGAGCAAUUCGCAACGGACUCGAAACCGACAUGAGCUCAAGACUAUCAUCCUCAAUGUUUUCUCAAAGUUGACGGUGGAUCAGACGACCACUCGUUUAGACGAGGCGUCCAUCGCCAACGCAAGUGUCAAUGACAUGAAAAAUGUUUGGGGCCAUGCUCAACUUCAAGCCCGCAAUCGGUGGGCUACAGUACAAACUCCUGUUGGGUUGAUCCCAGCGCUUUUGCCCCCUGGUUCAACCGAAUCCGCUGAGAAGGGUGGAUAUGGCGCCCAGAUGGGCUCAGUUCCCCAUGUUGGCGAGCACAAUGAGGCUAUUUUCGCGGAGCUGGGUCUGUCUAAUCAAAAGAGUUUACCUUGA